AUGGCUGAUGACAGGAGGCCAGUUCACUGCACAGUAGUACCAGUCAUCACUGAGCUCUUGAAAUGGCCCGGGGAUGUGACUUUGAGCUUGUUGUGUCUCCUCGGCCCCACGCUGCGCCGCUUUCCAUACGGGGCGGGGUGCCGCUCAGUCCGGCGCCAGAGCAGAGCGCACCGUCACCAGCUGCUCUCCCCGCACCGUCUGUCCGUCUGACGAGACAACAUGGGUCUGGAGAAGGAAAAAUCGGACACUAGUAUAAUUAUGGACGAGGACGAGUUCAACAGGUCGAUAGAGCCUAUUUUGUCGAAGAAGGGGAAAGUAUAUCUGGCAGAGCCGGAACGAGAUCCAAACGACAUCAACGCGCACUUGAAGGUCGGUUUCGAAGAUGUCAUCGCUGAGCCCAUCUCCACACACAGCUUCGAUAAAGUGUGGAUAGGAAGCCAUGCUGCGUUUGAGCUGGUUAAAUUCAUCUUGUACCGCCUGCUGACCACGCUGCUGGCCGUGCCCAUGGCGUUCAUCCUCGGACUGAUCUUCGCGGUGCUCAGCUGCAUCCACAUCUGGUUGGUGAUGCCGGUCAUCCAGAGCUUCAUGAUGCUUUUACCGUCAAUCCAGGUGGUGUGGAGGAGUCUGACAGACAUGUUCAUAACACCGCUCUUCCACAGUAUGGGAAAGAGCCUGUCCUCUGUUCAAGUGCAAACCACUGAGUACUGAUGCAGACACCUCUCUGUCCCCUGUGGAGGAAGAAAUGUAGGACAGAUUGAAGUCAAAGGAGAUAAGAGUGAAUGAUGCUUGUGGUGGAACACAUGAGCUUUUAAUAAAGUCAAAUGUAAAAAUUUUGUCUUGCACGAAGGGCCAUAGAUAAAUAUGAUAAUGAAUUAAAAAGUUGUUACAUAAGUAACAGUACAGUAAGCAUGACUUUGGUUAUUUGCAGGCAACAUACAUCUUCAGAAUUGUGCUAAAUUUGGUUAAAAAGAGACAUCUGUGUUACCUAUAAUUAGAUAUUUUUAUAUGCAUGGUUAGGGUUUGAUAUAUGUUGAACAAUGCUAAUUAAAUGCUUUUAAAAUAACAAUUAUACCUAGAAAUCUAAAAUAAAAAUGUGUAGUUUAAACUUUACCCUAAUUUUAUCCCAGAUGCCUUGAUGCUUUUUUACCUGCUAAUCAGCAAAUUAAUGCCCAUGGGUCUGUAUGGUUUACAUAGGGUUCAUACUAUUUGGGACUUAAUGAAAAGCUCAUGUGUGCCACCCAAAAUGUUGUUUUAUUAAUUGUGACCAAAAAAAAUUCUCGUCAUUCCAUUAAUUUGUGGCCGAGAGAGCCGUGGAAUCAGAGUAUUGCUGUUGUUGUUAAGGCAAACCUACUGCUGACUUGCUGAGAGAUGUAAUAUUUCUGCUUUUUCAUAUAUUGUAUAUAUUGCAAAUAAUUCAGCUAGAAGUUGAAUGUAAUGAACUGAAUCAGAGUCUGAGCGUAGUUCAUAUGAAUAUUAAAUGCUAAGAUGCAGCUUGUUGCACAUUUUCAGGCUUAUCUGGCUUUUGUCUGCUGUGUUGAUAUCACAGUGCAUUGGCAAUAAUACUGGGCAUUUGCUUUUAUAUGGAACUAAGCUAUAUACAAUUGAGUUUUUAACAUGUUAUUAAACUAUGCCAAAAAACAGGAUUAGGUAUCAUUGGAGGCUUUCUAAUGUAUUAUUUAUACAACAACUAGUUCUCAACAUUUGGAGGUAUCUGACAUAAGAGAACUUGAGUAACUACAGUGUGAUGAAGGCGUUCCACGUUUUGUACUGUGUUUGGUUGAAGCUUUGGUUGAGCUGAGACUCCGGUACAUGCAUAUUUAAUUUAGAGGUUGUUUUUUUGCAACAGCGCUGCAGUUAGCAGGCUGAGUUUUGGAACAUUUCUGCAGCCUGAAGGGACCUUUUUUUGCAGUGGAUUUGAUUAAGUUGAGUUUAGGUACAACCCUGCACAUUCCUACUUGCUAUGAGCUGAACAGUAUAAAAUUUAGGAGGCAAAAUAGAGAGAAUACAUGUAGGAGUUAUAGAGCUGUGUCAGGUACAUACUGAUUUGUUGUUUUAGGUGCAAACCCAUCUCUGAUAAACAGACACAUAACAUUUACAAGUGUUUUUGUCAUCCUUUUUACUCUGCAAAUCAUCGAUAUGUUACAUUUUCACAUUUUUAUCUAGCAAGUACAUUGAAAUGUCAUGUUUCAACAAGACUGCUUUAAUGUGUGGUUAGGUUGAGGCACAAGAACCACUUGUUUAUGGUUGGAAAAUAUCACGUUUUGGCUUAAAUACUAUAUACAGGGUUUUAGGGGCACAAUCUCAGCAGGAAAGGCAGUAAUGUCCUAGUAAAAAAAAUAACUGCUUUUCCUGCCAGUAUCUCCGAUAGAAAAACAACAAAGGGUCGCCACAAAACACCCAUCUGUGGUGCUUGAAAAAGCUGCUGGAAACACAGCAAUGACUCCCUAAAUUACAACUGGAUCUAGUAGAGAUGUCUUGGUUUAAAAUAAAUAACUAAAGUCAAAAAAGAAAGCUUUUUCAUCAUGGGAGGUUUGGAGCCUAAAACCCUGGUGAAACCAUUGCAAUGAAUCCCUAAAAACCACCCAGUUUUGUUGUCUUGAACAGUGGUCGGCUUGGCAGCUGUUUCGAAAGGUGGCACGCCAUCCACCAUCCCCUCCACCUAACAAUGAGAAAGUCAGCAAGUAUAUUAUGUCACUUUAGAAACAUUAAUAUGAUACAUUGAAACAUGCAAAUGCUAUGUAAUUGUGGUUUGCAGAAAUCUGUAAUGCCAACAUUUUCUACUGACACCUGUCAUUGCUAACUAUAUUAUGCUUGGGGAUCCCCUCAGAAAACAGAAUAAACUACCAGGCUAAAGUGUGAUUCUAACAUAAGGUAUCAGAAAAUUAAAGAUGAAAUUAUCACUGUGCUAAGAUACAGAGAGUGGGCAUAUCAACCAACUAGUCUCUUAUAGAUACAGUAUGCAGUUUGUAGUAGGCGAUCAUCCAGAUUUUUUCAGGUUGGAGCACAGUUAGUGGAAUUAUGGCUGUAAAUAACAUUUACCUGAUUCUAGCUUGUUACUGAACAUUGCACUGCAAGCUAGCAAGCUUACCUGCUGAACUUGUUAACCGAGAGAAUCACACAGACACGGUUUGGCCCUCUGAUAGACACGGUAUGAAGUGAUGUUUUGUUUCCAGCUGACAAACUGAAAGCAGCACUUCUGUCAGAGCUUUUUAAUCCUUUUACGGAUGUUAGACCGCUGACAGGCUGCCAGUUCAGUUUUUCCAAAUCUCAGAAGAGAUCUAGGGUAGGGCUGUGCAAUAGUGGAAGACGCAGGUGUGUGGAUGAAGUUUUUUUUCUCUCCUUAGCAAUACAACGUAGCGCUAAUCAACCCCAGCUAUUUUUCAAAAAUGUAUUCGACAAAUAAAUAUUAAUGUGACAUGCAUACUACCUUUAUUUGUUUGUAUUUUAUUUCCUCCAUCAUUCUUAACUGUUGCUUGGAACUUUUGCUGUAACAAUCUAAUGAGUUCUUCAUGACCAAAGUAAAGACAUUUUUUCUUUAA